AUGUAUGUGGCCAAGCCCAAGCAGACGCAGCGUGCCAAAGCGCAAGAGAUUGCGCGCGUCAAGACCAAGAAAGGCCCGACUGUGGAAGAAUGUGUUGCCAAGAGGGACUUUACUGGCGCUUCUGCCAUUCUCGAGUUUAAUCUAAAGAGCGACGAUGCCGCGGCAAUGACCGGGCCAGCCAAGGUGGAAGAAAAGCGCAAAACGCUGUUGUGGCUCGCAUACGCGUCUUUUCAUCUCGGUAAUUACCAGCGCGCACUAGAUGCUUAUGCUCUGCUAAGAGACGUGGAUGACACACCCGAGAUUUUUCUCUACCGAGCUUGCUGCCUCUUUUACCUGCAAAUGUACAAGGAGGCAGCGGAAGAGGCCGAAAAAGGACCCGCGGGGCCACUACUGAAUCGUUUACUCUUUCAUUGUGCACACAAACUGGGUGAUGAAGAUAAAUUGCUCGCUUAUCAUCAGCAGCUAACUGACUCAAAAGAGGACCAAUUGUCACUUGCAGCUAUCCACUACUUUCGGAACCAUUUCCAGGAAGCCACAGACAUUUACAAGCGACUAUUGCUCGAGAACCGAGAUGAUAUUGCACUCAAUGUCUACGUGGCCAUGUGCUACUACAAGCUCGACUACUAUGACGUAUCCUUGGAGAUCAUGCAAGCUUAUUUACAUGCUUUUCCCGAUAGUGUCGUGGCAGUAAACGUCAAAGCAUGUAAUCAAUUUAAGUUGUAUAACGGGGCAGCGGCCAAGGAUGAGGUCAAAGCAUUGACUGAUCGAGGCUAUAACAUUGAACAGAAUGACCUUUUGAGCCACAAUAUGGUGGUCUUUGAGGACGGACAGAAUGCGCUGAGAGUGCUCCCGCAGUUUGUCGAUGCUCUGCCCGAAGCUCGACUAAACUUAGUAGUGUACUAUCUUAAAAACGACAAGCUCCAAGACGCAUAUGACCUUAUCAAGGAUAUCGAGCCAUCCACUCCUCAGGAAUACAUUCUCAAAGGCGUUGUACAUGCUACAUUGGGCCAGUCAAUGUUGUCGCGUCAGCACAUCAAGACAGCACAGCAGUAUUUCCAGCUUGUAGGGUCCUCACCCACUGAAUGCGAUACGAUUCCUGGACGACAGUGCAUGGCUUCGUGCUUUUAUUUACUAAAACAGUUUGAAGACGUCAACAUUUACCUCAACUCGAUUAAGCAGUACCUAUACAAUGAAGACGAUUUUAACUGGAAUUUUGGGAUUGCGCUCUGCAAUACAGGAUCGCACCAAGAAGCACUGGAGACGCUUUUACGCGUACAACGGGAAGACUAUCGCCAGGACUACUGCUACGUGAGCUGGCUUACAAGAUGCUACAUCCUUAAUCACAACCCGUCCGCGGCUUGGGACUUGUACCUCAAACUUGACAACUCGGACGACUCGUUCAACCUGCUUCAACUCAUUGCUCACGACUGCUACAAAAUGGGCGAAUUUCUUUAUUCUGCUAAAGCUUUCGACAUUCUUGAGCGGCUCGACCCGGAUCCAGAGUAUUGGGAAGGGAAGCGUGGGGCCUGCGUUGGUGUUUUUCAGCGCGCAGUAGCAGGUAAAGCAUCUCGAGUGGAGCUUGAGGAAGUAAUUAGCAUUUUAAAGACAAACAACAACCCGCAGGUCGAGUACAUUGUGCGUAUCAUGAAGAAAUGGGGCACCGAAAAUGGCAUUACUGUCUGA